GGGGGGGAAUGGGAAUAGGCUUUGAGAAGCGGAAGGCGGCAAGCGCGACGUCCGCGGCUGUGGCACCUGCUGGAGGGCGGCUGGCUGGAUCAGGAGGCGGGGAAGUGGGGCUGGCCGGCCCCAGUCUUGGGCUAGGGGGGUUCCGACCUAGGUUGCCUUCCCUUGUUGCAGGUGGAAGAAAAAGAAGGGAGAGAAAGGUGGGGCACCUGGCCCCAACCCACAGAGCACGGUGAAGGAAGCAACAAUUCCAUAGACACCCAUCUGCAGUUUUAAAGAAAUUAGGCUCUCAAAAUGGAUAUUUUUGGAGACCUGCGGCGAAUGAACAAGCGCCAGCUCUAUUACCAAGUUUUAAAUUUUGCCAUGAUCGUGUCUUCAGCCCUAAUGAUAUGGAAAGGCCUUAUUGUUAUCACCGGGAGUGAAAGUCCAAUUGUAGUCGUGCUCAGUGGUAGUAUGGAACCAGCCUUCCACAGGGGAGACCUCUUGUUCUUGACAAAUUUCCGAGAUGACCCCAUCAGGGCCGGAGAAAUUGUGGUUUUCAAAGUCGAAGGAAGAGAUAUUCCAAUCGUGCACAGAGUGAUUAAAGUUCACGAAAAAGAAAAUGGCAACAUUAAAUUUUUGACCAAGGGCGAUAAUAAUGAAGUCGAUGACAGAGGUUUGUAUAAAGAAGGACAGAACUGGCUAGAAAAGAAGGAUGUCGUAGGCAGAGCACGAGGGUUUUUGCCAUACGUUGGAAUGGUGACCAUAAUCAUGAAUGAUUAUCCAAAAUUUAAGUAUGCUCUCUUAGCUGUCAUGGGGGCAUAUGUACUUCUGAAACGGGAAUCAUAAAAAGAAUCUGGAAUUGCCUCGGACAACUCGUCAGCAUAAUUAUAUGAAGAGAUACUAAUAUAUUUGAAACGUCCCCUUGUCUGCAGAUAAUAUUAUGUGACAUGUGCAAACCAUAUUUUAUUUGUUUUGUUCCUCUUCAUGUUACAAUCUUAACUGUGAGCAAGCCCAGUUGCCCUCAUUGAGUCACACUGAUAAUUUUUGUUUUUAUUAUGUCCAUCUUCCCCAACCUGGUUCAGGUCCCCAAAUUUUCAGCCCAAAAUGUCUUUUGGACAUCUUGGGUGGAGAGAUUACAUAAAUUGUGGUCUAAAACCAGGUUAGGGAAGGCAGGAUUCUCUUGGCUGUCUUGUUAGCAAAUAAUGGUUUUAAUUUCUACUAUGUCUUCACUUUUUCUCAUUAGUGACAAAAAAUGGAUCUGCUUAUUUUGAAAAUAGUUUGGAGAAUAGUUUCAUAGCUGUGAAUCUUGACUACACUGAGAAUUCUAGUUUUUAUUACACCUUUCAUUCAAAGGACCUCUUAGCCCAAUUUGUACCCACCUUCAAAUUAUUCCCAUCUCCCACCCAUCCCCCCCGGGCAGCAGUUCAAACAGUUACUGAUGAUUUGUUAAAAGGUCCCUUCUUGCGAAUGAUUUCACAAAGACAGACAAAUGCUUCUAACGAAGAAUUGAAAACUGUAGUUUUGAUUAAGGUUGUACGAUGCCCCCUUCUGCAAGAGUGGUGUUCUUCUCACUGCAUUGCUUCAUCAAACCAGCUUGAAAAUCAAGACCCACAAUGACAUUUAUCUGAAUUAGUGCCUUGCACUUGUACAGGUAGUCCUUGCUUAACAACCCUAUUUGGGACCGGCAACUCUGUGACACAGUCGUAAAGCAUGGCAUUGCAUGACUGUGCCAACUUAACCAACGGCAGUUGUGCAGUUGGGGUUGUUAAGCAAAUCUCACAUAGUCAUCACGUGAUUGUUUUCAACUUCCUGCUGGCUUCCCCAUUGACUUUGUCAAAAGCCAGCGGUGAAGGUUGCAAAUGGAGAUCAAGUGGCUGUGGGAUGCUGCAAUAUAACUGUGAGAAGUUGUCAAGUGCCUAAAAAAAGAUGAUUAUGUGACCAUGGGAAUAUUGUUACAAAUGGAACUUUGAGGACUGGUCUUACAUCUCCUCAUUCAGCAUUGCUGUAACCUUGAACGGUUGCGGAACAAAUGGCUGUUAAAGAAGAACAAACUAUAGUGCAAUAAGAUGGAGGACAAAAGCUUUUAGGUGUCUAGCCUAGCUUGAGUGAAAACGUAAGAUAGUCCUCAAUUUACAGCUGAGCCCCAAAUAUCUGUUACUAAGCAAGACAAUUGUUAAGCGAGUUUUGUCCCAUUUUAUCACCCCUUUCCUACCAUAGUUGUUAAGCAGACAUAAUUCACUUUUUUCCUGUUCCAUUGUAACUUCGAACAGUCGCUAAGCAAGUGGUUUUAAGUUGAGGACUAACUGUAUGCUUCUGCUAAGUUCCCUUAAUCAUCAGUCAGUCCCAAGUGUUCUAUUGAUUUGGAUUUGCAGCCUAAGCAAGCUAUAAAGAGCAUUUCUCAAUUUCAGCAACUUCAGGAUGUGCGGACUUUCGAUUUCUAGAAUUCCCUAGCUAGCUUGAAUUCUGGAAAUUGAAACCCCCACAUCCUAAAUUUGCUGAGGGGGGAGAAACACUGCUAUGAAAAGUAAGGAGGAGGAUUUUAAAAAAGAAAUGAUAUCCUUUGCAGCUUUUUAAAUUUAAUAUUUAUAGAGGAGUUCCCUUGUUCAGUGAAAUGUUAGAAAGCACCUUAUGCCUACACAACUGAUACAAUAUAUUUGACACCCCCUUUUUUGUGCCAGUAAUGUACCGUUUCAUUUUUUUCUAGAUAUCAAUAGUUUAAACCCUCAUGGUUUUGGGAAUAGCCUGUAAUAAAAACGACAGGUUUACAGAAUUUGCGACCAUAGCUUAGAUUUCACAGCAUAUAAUCAACAAGCAAAUUUUUCCAUUUGUCUGGUGUGGCAACCCUUUUUUUUUUUCUUUUUAAUUGAUAGAAUAUGUGAGAGUCACCUCCAUUUCUCACAAUGUCAGGCAAACCAACUAAACUCAGAAUUUGACCAACCAUGAAUCCAGCUAUAUUGAGAAGGGGAAACUAUUCAUUAAGGCUGCGUGGUGGUUUCAGACUCGAGGCAAAAAAGUGUUCAGGAAUAUAUGACAGGCCAUGACCAUAACUCCAAUUUGACUCUUUAAAGUAGCUGCAUCUUUCCCAGAUUGUACAUUUGACCUCUAGAGUUACCGUAUAGUUGUGGGAAGCUGUGGGAUGCUUGGUGCUCUCUGAGCUUGACUGCUUUCUUGCAGCCUCAUUCCCUUCUAGCACUGAUAUUUGCCUAGUUGUUUGCAAGAAAGCAACCAAGCUCAGAGAGCACCAAGCAUCUCACAGUUCAACUACAAAUAAGCUCUUCUUUUAGUAGUCAUCCAAUAGAAUUAGGAGCUAUCCAGUUCUGUUGGUAGGCACAAUGGCUUAGCGGUUAAAAACGCUGAGCUUGUCAGCUGGAAAUCUGGCAGCCCGGGUUUGAGAUUUGAGCGCCACGUGGUGGGUGAACUCGUUACUUGCCCCAGCUCCUGCCCACGUAGCAGUUCGAAAGCAUGCAAAUAAAAGUAGAUAAAUAGGUACCACUUUGGUGGGAAGGUAACAGUGUUCCGUGCACCUUGGCAUAUAGCCAUGCUGGCCACGUGACCACGGUAAUUUUCUUUGGACAGCACUGGCUCUCUCAGCUAAGAAACGGAGAUGAGUAGCACUUCUAGAGUCAGACACGACUGGAAAAGGGAAACCCCUAUCUUUGUUGGUAGUCAUAGGAAAAUAAACAUUUCCUGUAUAUCCUGAAGUGGCGUUUCAUAUCUGCGGUGCUGCAGAGAUCUAAUGUUCACGUCACUGUGGAUUGCUUAGCUAAUUGGCAUCUAAAUUGGCAACUGAAAAAGUCUUAUCGCUGACUAGGUUCACACAUCGCAACAUUAAAACGUAUCUUUAAUUUUGGUUUUGUGUAUGGUGAAGCCAGGAUUGCAGUCAGCAAAGUGACAGUUAAUAUAGAACAAUAGUUUAGUAUAAUGUGACAUUUUGGUAAUCUUUAAUGAUUUGAUGAUGCCAUUUGGAUGUAUGUAUGAAGGUCCAUCAGCCCGAAGCAGCUUUAUUAUAAUGAAGUAAAGUCCUGUGCUUAGAUGUUUUGCCUGAAAUUGCCGCUUCGCUAAGCGUUGAAAAAAGGAGAAAAAAUUUCCUUGUUAUAGGAUUUACACAGCCUUGAAAUAAGAAUGGGGCUGCUGGAAGUACAUGAAUGCUGCAAGGUAUCUGUCCACUAGAUAGACCAAACCAGACCGCCAAAAAAAAUCAGGAAGGCUAAAACUAUAACAACAACAGAAUCUUGCAAGUCUAUUUAUGUUAUGCCUUUUUUUUCCUACUUCAGAGAAUUAGAAAGUUUUCUGUCUUGAGUCUCUUCUGAAUAUUAUCUGCCUGUUGUGGACUUAAACUAUGUGUUACUGUUCAUUGUCCUGGCAAUGAAACUUGGAUAUCUGCCUCAAAGUCAUCAUCUUUAUUCUCUACGGUACUUUUGAGUUCUUGGUGUUAGAGGGGAUUCCUGGAGACAUUUCAUUAGUACUUUGGGUAACAUCAUCCGUGCAUGUGAGAAUGGCCCCUGAACUAUGUAUAAGUUGUAAUAUUGGAACAAGGAAAAUUUGACCUAAAAUCCUUUUAUUAUAUCUAUGCUGUUAGCAUAAUCCUUUGUAAUUGCUAUAGCUCCACUCAGAUGGGGCUGGGAAAUAGAAGUUGUAGUGUAAAAUUUCCACCUGAGAUCACAUUCUAGUUUAAAAGCCCAACACUUGCCCUUCCAACUUUAUUCUUGGCCUUUUAAAUUCCUCUUGUGGCCUUAGGGAAAUCACUUUAAAAAUGUGAAUAAUCCGAGUUAUUUUCUUUAACUUCUGUCUUGCAAUUUCAUGGUAAUAAAUGUGUCAGUCCUUUUCUCUUGUUUUUUUUUUUUAAAGUAAAUUGCUUUAAAGGCUUGCCGGAUUUCUAUGAAAAGACCCACAAAGAGUAAAAUGAAAAACAAGUUGUCAAUUCUUGAGCUGUACUAAUAAAUGUGAUGCCCCACCACCCAUCUCUCUCUGUUUUAUCAUGCUAUGCAAUAAUUUCAUUAAAAAAUUGGUGUCUUGGUUUUAUAACUUAA